GUUUUGACCGGCUCCCCGGCCGGCCAUUACCAGCAAAUGUCAACCUCCAUGGAAAUGGUUUUGAAACCGUAGUGGCUUUGCACCACCAACCUUCCAUAUCUAUAAAUUUCCUCUGCUCCCAUUAAUCCACCCAUCCACCCAGCUGCAGCAACACACAGACACAGAACAGAAAGUACGCCAAGAUGGACGUCAACCUCCUGGAGAAGGCCCUCCUGGGCCUCUUCGCGGCGGCGCUGCUCGCCAUCGCGGUCGCCAAGCUCACCGGCAAGCGCUUCCGGCUGCCCCCGGGGCCCUCCGGCGCCCCGAUCGUCGGCAACUGGCUCCAGGUGGGCGAUGACCUCAAUCACCGCAACCUCAUGGGCAUGGCCAAGCGUUUCGGCGAGGUGUUCCUCCUGCGCAUGGGCGUCCGCAACCUGGUUGUCGUCUCCAGCCCCGAGCUCGCCAAGGAGGUCCUCCACACCCAAGGCGUCGAGUUCGGCUCUCGCACCCGUAACGUCGUCUUCGACAUCUUCACCGGCAAAGGCCAGGACAUGGUGUUCACUGUCUACGGCGACCACUGGCGCAAGAUGCGGCGUAUCAUGACGGUGCCCUUCUUCACCAACAAGGUGGUGGCACAAAACCGUGUCGGGUGGGAGGAGGAGGCCAGGCUGGUGGUGGAGGACCUCAAGGCCGACCCGGCGUCGGCGACGGGCGUGGUGAUCCGCCGCAGGCUGCAGCUCAUGAUGUACAACGACAUGUUCCGCAUCAUGUUCGACCGCCGGUUCGAGAGCCUCGCCGACCCGCUCUUCAACAAGCUCAGGGCUCUCAACGCCGAGCGCAGCAUUCUCUCCCAGAGCUUCGACUACAACUACGGCGACUUCAUCCCCAUCCUCCGCCCCUUCCUCCGCGGCUAUCUCAACCGCUGCACCAACCUCAAGGCCAAGAGGAUGAAAGUCUUCGAGGAAGACUUCGUCCAAGAGCGCAAGAAGGCGUUGGAGAAGAACGGUGAGAUCAGAUGCGCCAUGGACCACAUCCUCGAGGCCGAACGGAAGGGUGAGAUCAACCACGACAACGUCCUAUACAUUGUGGAGAACAUCAACGUCGCAGCAAUUGAGACGACCCUGUGGUCGAUCGAGUGGGGAGUUGCAGAGCUGGUGAACCACCCGAACAUCCAGUCAAAGCUCCGCCAAGAGAUCGCCGCCGUGCUAGGGCCCGAUGCAGCGGUGACGGAGCCAGACCUAGAGCGCCUCCCUUACCUGCAGGCCGUCGUCAAGGAAACCCUCCGCCUCCGCAUGGCCAUCCCACUCCUCGUGCCCCACAUGAACCUCAAGGACGCCAAGCUCACCGGCUACGACAUCCCCGCUGAGUCCAAGAUCCUCGUCAACGCCUGGUUCCUCGCCAACGACCCCAAGCGCUGGGUGCGCGCCGACGAGUUCCGGCCGGAGCGGUUCCUCGAAGAGGAGAGGGCCGUCGAGGCCAAUGGCAAUGACUUCCGGUUUGUGCCCUUCGGCGUCGGUCGGAGGAGCUGCCCGGGAAUCAUCCUCGCUCUGCCCAUCAUCGGCAUCACGCUCGGCCGCCUUGUGCAGAACUUCCAGCUACUUCCGCCGCUGGGGAAGGACAAGAUUGAUACCACGGAGAAGCCCGGACAGUUCAGCAACCAGAUCCGGAACCACGCCACCGUCGUCUGCAAGCCACUCAAGGCUUAGAAGAAUUUUCGAUCCGGCGGGCUAGACGAAGGAUGGGCUGGAAUGCGGGCAUGUGUUUGUAUAAGAAUUUUCCAGGUUUUGUAAUAAGUUUGACCUUUCUUUAUUUUUUUCAUGUGUUGUUGGUUUGCAAACUUGGUAACGUUGAUGUAAAGCUUUUUGGCUCCAAAUUCAGAUUAUUAAUUAUCCAGUUCAUAAA